CAACCCACCUCAGAACAGAUCAGAGCAACAUCAAACACAAUGGAGCGACAUUUCCGUGAAUUACAGAAACUGGUCAUAUAUGGGUAAAAGAAGAAGAAAUGGGAACUUAUCAUGGGACAUGAAACCGUUUGUAAACUCGUACAGGACAUGUUUAGUGAAAUGCAUGUGUUUCAGCCAGUCAUAUCUGAAGAGCUUAAAGGAUUAAGAACGUGAUUUUUGAUGAAUGCUCAUCAAUUCUGUCGAGAUGUUUUCGAGAGGGAAAUGUGAUGUGAAAUAUAACCCACUGAAGAGUGAAUCCGAAGGAAAUGCUUCUAACAAGAGGAUCUGUGCACCUAAGAUCUUUUAUUUUUUUACCAUAUUAUUUUUGGUCACCUUUAUCAUCUUUAUUUAUUUGCAAGAUUACUUUAAAAUAUUUAAUGCCAAAUUUGAAGCACCUAUCAUGCAAAAAAACGAGAGUAAAGACACUGACCUGCCAAAUCCUUCUCCAAGCACACAUUUACCAUCCGUCCAAACACCACACGUCGACCACACAUCCACCAGUCCUCCGGCUCCAAAAGCGUGUGGUGUUCAAGUGAAGGACGGUCCUGUGAUUAAAGUCAGGAACCUUCACACAUAUGUGACUGGCUCUUAUAUGGAUUAUCGCUUUGGAGGGAAACAGAUAAAGACAAUUGCCAUUGUUCUCCGUGAAGAGCAGGUGAAAUACAGCUGUGUGAUGUGCUGUGAUGGGAGGAACGUGACCUCACCAGCGGAAUACACAAUUCAUUACGACCACUUUGGUUUUGAGUACGGCACUGCUACCAUCACGUGUCACAUCAAUAGCCCGUGUUCGAUACCAACGCAUGUUGCAAUAACAGCCAGAGAGAUCUCGGAGAGCAUAACAUCCUUCCUACCUGUUAGAAACAGAGAUGUUCCAGCAGUCUUCCCAUAUCAAUUUACAGUCUGCAUCUCUGUCAUGUAUGACUACAAGAAUGUGUUGAAUUUAGUCGAGUCAAUGGAGAUGUUCAGACUGCUUGGUGCUCAAAGGGUGGCGAUAUAUAAAACCAACUGUGAUUCAGACACACAGAAGGUUCUGGACUACUAUGUGAAAAGAGGUUUUGUGGAGAUCAUCCCAUGGACCAUUAAAAAUCACAUCAAAGUGUCUAGUGGCUGGAGGAAAGAUUUAUCUCCAGGUGAACUGCAUUACUAUGGACAAAUUCCUGCGCUUAAUGACUGUAUUUAUCGUUACAUGUACCAAAGUCACUAUGUGGCUCUACAUGACCUAGAUGAGCUCAUUCUGCCUCUCAAGGUGAAAACCUGGACGGAGCUGUUGCCUGAGCUUGAGAAGAUGUACGGCACUACUGUGGGCUUUGAGUUUGAGAAUAAUGUAUUCUCUUUCACCGCAAAAGCUCAUACGGACUACAAGCAAGACAAAUGGAAAAAUGUACCGGGAUGGGAUAUUUUAAAUUAUAUAGAGCGAAUACCCAAUGACCCCAAAGCUUUCAACAAUUACAAGAUUAUAGUAAGUCCUCGGCUAGCUCUGAAGGCUACUGUACAUGGCCUGCUGGAAACUGUGAAUCCUGGACCCUCCACAGUAAGGGUGAGCAACUCCAUUGCUCGCAUGUACCACUCGAAAUACUUUGAAUACCCCCAAAACACAAACCUUAUAAGAGAUGAUCAUCUGUGGGACUAUGCCAAAGAUCUUAUACCUGCUGUUUCUAAAGUUCUACAGGACUGUGGAUUCACUGAGGCCUAAAUGAUUGUCAUGAUGUACUGUCUGUCACUGGUUUCAAGUCAGUACAAAAAGUAAAUAAAUAAAAUAAGUUUGAAAAACUAAA